GCACAUUCAUUAAGAAAAUUUCCUUCACGCACACACAAAAGUACGCGAAUUCGUGGUUUUUUGGGUGGAUUAUUUUCUUCUGCACCGAAAAUAGCCCGUCAUGGCUCUUUUUUCGAUCGAUCACAAACACUUUAUAUUUGUAUUAAUUGUAGUCGUAAGUUUCGCAGUAGCUCAAAUAACGGAGGACCCCUACAAAGUGCUGGGAUUGAAUAGACACGCUAGCAACCAGGAGAUACGCAAAGCCUACAAGCAGCUGGCCAAAGAAUGGCACCCUGAUAAAAAUAGUCAUCCGGAUGCUGAAUUGAAAUUUGUGCAAAUCAAAAAAGCAUAUGAGCUGCUCAGUGACUCAGACCGACGACGUCUGUAUGACCAGCAUGGUGUGACCAACGAGGACUCGCAUAUGUACAAGCAAAAGCACGACUACAGUAAUUAUGGCCGUUUUGCCACCGACCCUCUGGAGGAGUUCUUUGGCAAGCAGUUCCAUUUCGAUCAUGACAUCAGCAUCUAUCACAAGUUGUCGGUGACCACCAACUAUUAUGAACAGACCAUUUUGGAGAAGAGCCGUAGUGUGCCGUACAUUUUAAUGUUCUACAAUGACUGGUGUUUCCGCUGCACGCGUUUGGUGGGGGCCUUUAAGAAACUCAUCGAUAUACUGGAGCCUUUGGGUGUGCAGUUUGCCACCGUCAAUGCGGCCCACGAGCAAAGACUAUUUCGCAAUGCUGGUCUCAAUGAUCUGCCCAGCAUGGUCUUUGUGCUCAACGGGCACAACUAUGUGUAUAGGGAGAACACCAUAAGUGCCCAAAAGGUGGUGGAUUUCAUACGCAAGAAGUUGCCCUACAGAAUGGCUGUAAAGGUGGACGACAGCAAUAUUGAUGACUUUCUAAACGGUUGGAUGGACAAUAAAGUGCGGGCUUUGAUUUUGGAGCCCAGGAAUCAAACACGCCUGCGCUAUCUUCUAGCAGCCUUUCAGUUUCGCAAUCGUGUACAAUUCGGUCUGGUUCACUUGGACAAUGCCAAUUGUAAGGAUAUACGAGAACGUUUCCAGAUUCAUCCCAAUUUGGAUACUUUGUUGAUAUUCAAUGAGUAUGUAGAGCGCCCAGUGGCCAGUGUCUCCAUGGCUGAUAUACCUACACAAACACUGAAUAGCAUCAUAUCAUCAAAUCAAUAUCUAAUGCUGCCGCGUCUCUCCUCCCAGGAGAUACUGGAAGGUAUUUGUCCCGCUGAAUGGAAUCGCCCCCGUAAAAGGCUAUGUGUGGUUUUAAUAACAGAAAACUCCGACGAGCACAAUUUCGCUCGCGGAGCCCUGCGCAACAUAGCCCUGCAAAGUGCUUACAGUUUGGAGAAAGUCCGCUUCGCCUACAUAUACAAGGAAAAGCAAUUGGACUUUAUCAAUGCCAUUUCGCAGGGCUCUGAGAACGAGAAGCUUUUGCGCAUUGUGGUAUUGUGGCGCCGCGACACCUCGCAUAUCAAAUACGAAUGGGUACAUGAUGCCAGUUUGGAUCUGAAAGAUCAUCCCUCCUCGGAUCAUCUCAUAAAUCAUACCAAGCAACAAAUUGAUCAUACCAUACAGAAGUUGCUGAAGACAUCUGAGGCCUUGAGCUAUGAGGCAUUUGUCAAAAAUCUGCUGGAUGAGCAUGCCCAGGGUUUCAUACACAGUUGGAUCACUAAGGUAUUCAAUAUCUACGAUUAUCUGGUGGACACCAUCGAGGAGCAGCAUGUUUUGGCUGCACUUUCUUUGCUGGGCACCAUAGCAUUUAUGUUUGCCGUAGGCUAUGUCAUGGUCUAUUUUGUGCGUGCCGAAGAGGAGAAUCUAAAGGCCAAAGGCGAGCUGUCGCCAAAGGGAGGUGCCAAGGCAAAUCGCCAACAACCAGAGCUAAGACUGCAUGAAUUGCGAGCGGAAAAAUACAAUGGCCUAAUAAGGCUCCUAAAGCCAGGCUGUAGAACCAUAAUUCUUAUAACAGACUUGCAAUCAAGGCCCAAGCUUAUACCGCCUUUCCAUAAAGCCGUUUGGCCUUAUCGCCGCAACAAGACCCUUAUGUUUGGCCACAUGCUUAUAGACAAAGGUUUGUCUUGGUAUUCGGAGCUAUUGCGCCAGGGUUUGGGCGAUUCCAAGACUUUGCACAUAAACCCUAGAAAUUGUGUGGGCACUGUGUUGGCCUUGAAUGGCCAUCGCAAGUACUUCUGCAUGUACCAUGCCAAGCAUCCGGAAACAACGCGAGGUGUUAAGCGCAUGGAGAAGAUCACUCGCCAACUCAUACAACGUCCCGAUGAUCCGGAAAUUGGUGCCUUCUUCAAUCCUGCCAAUUCCGAUGAUUCCGAAGACAAUGAGCCCAAAGUGCUGUUGGAGGGCAACUUAUUGGAUGGCCUUAGCAAUUGGUUGGAUCGCCUUUUCGAGGGCUCAACUCACAGAUACUACAUCAACUAUUGGCCCGAGUUUCCUACCAAAUAAGCGAUGCAUUGCAUCAACUGCCGUUUGGAAGAAGUGCCAUGUCCCCACAAUACAAUCAGCGAUUGCAGCAACACAUGUGUUGGCCACAUCGUAUUGAGGUGGUUUGAGUUGCAAAGAAAUACUCAUUAUUACUACGUAUUUACUACUUAGCCAAUUUACCAAAUCAAAAACCAAAAAAUAGAACAAUUAACUAAACCAAAACUACAUUCAAACUUGCCAGAAGAAAAGCAUUCAGUUCAAACACGAGAUGAUAAUACGAUACGACACCAUUUCACAUACAUACAUUACAUUAAAUAAAAAAAAAAUACUUAUAGAACCAGAGGAUAGAUCUGGUUUACGAAACGACCACUUCUGUCGACGGAACAAAUCAAAUAAAUGACUGUUAGCCCAAGCGGGUCUAGCUGAUAUACAAAUAAGUAAGUGUAGGCAACUUUGUUUUUCCUAGUCAAAAUUCUAGUUCUAAUUUCCAUGGCGUAUUGUUGCAGUUUUAAGUUUUAUUAUUUUUAUUUAUUUAAUAUAUUUAUUUAUACAAACUUACAUAUAAUAAAUGAAAUGUCCCAUAUCCACAUACAUGCAUAUGUAUGUGUGUAUGUAGAUGGGGCAACCUUGGUAUCUUCUUUAUUUAAGCUAUCACCUAUUGUUUGGACUUCCCUAGGGGUUAAUGUCGACUUUAAAUUGAAAAUUACAAAUAUUAAUAAAAUAAAAUAAAAAGAAAAAGAAAAAGAAAACAUACAUACAUACAUACACCCACAUAAUAUACGUUCACACCAAAAACUAGUCUUAUAAGCUUACGAUAUAAUAUUUAUUACUACUAUUCACAAUAAAUUUUAAAUCAGAUUUAAAUUAAAUACAAAUAAAUGCAAUUAUAAA